AUGUCUCCUCCGGUGCCUGAGCAGCAGCCACAGCAGCCCGGCCAGCAGCAGCAGUCUUCGGCUGUGUCGUCGUCUGGUAGCGCCAGCAACGACUCCAAGUCUGCCACUCCUGCGCCCAGCGCUGCCUCAAACACCUCUCAGAGCAGUGCUACGCCCUCGACAAGCUCCGAUGAUAACCUCAUCUGCCGAUGGAAUGCCUGUAACCAAAAGUUUACCACUCCAGAGUCGCUCUAUGAGCACAUCUGUGAGCGUCACGUUGGUCGCAAGAGCACCAACAACCUCAACCUGACUUGUCAGUGGAACUCUUGCAGGACCACCACAGUCAAGAGAGACCACAUCACUUCGCACAUCCGGGUUCAUGUGCCCCUGAAGCCUCACAAGUGUGACAUGUGCGGAAAGUCUUUCAAGCGACCCCAGGAUCUCAAGAAGCAUGUCAAGACUCAUGCCGAUGACUCUGUCCUUGUCCGGCCAUCUCAGGAUCCUCAAGGUGGACUCAACUACAGGCCACAGCCUCCCAAGGGCCCCUCUAGCUAUUAUGACCACAAUGGCCAGAUGCGAACUAACGCCGCCGCCUUCACCCAUCAGGCAGGGCAUCCUAGCGGCUACUAUGCUCCCCAACCCUCUACCAACUAUGGCCUCUACUUCAACCAGCCGCCCCUGAACAACGCCCGCACCGAGCACCUUGGCUACAGCGCCGCCCCCGGCGGCUAUGAUCGAAAGCGCGCCUAUGACAUGGUCGACGACUUCUUUGGCAGCGCCAAGCGUCGCCAGAUCGACCCCUCCUCGUAUGCCCAGAUUGGCCGCUCCUUGAUGCCUCUUCACGGAAACCUGUCCAUCCCCAACGGCCCCAUGGCCGCCACAGAGCAGUACAUGCCUCAGCCAGCUCCUCCGUCCGCCGUGCACGCUGGCCCUGCUCCCAGCAACCCCCUGGCUCAGCAGUACUAUCUCCCCAUGCCCAACGCGCGCACGCAGAAGGAUCUCAUCCACAUCGACAACAUCCUUGGCCAGAUGCAAGACACCAUCUACGAGAAUGCCAGCCAUGCUACUGCUGGCGUCCAUGUCCACGGCGAGGGCUUCAACGGUUACCGCAACACUCCUUCGCCUCCUACCUCUCACCGAUCACCAGGAGGCAUUCCCGUGACAGCCGAUGCCUACCAGUCCGUGUCUGCAGCUACCAUGGCUUCUCCCCUGACAGCCAUCUCCUCCACCGGCACUCCCGCCGUCACUCCUCCCUCCAGCUCCAUGUCUUACACUUCCGGCCACUCUCCUAGCCCCUCCUCCUCGGGCAUGUCUCCUCAGUCUCGCCACGGCUCAACAGCCUCAGUCAUGUAUCCCACUCUGCCCACAAGCCUCCCCGCAGUUAGCCAGGGCUUCGGUCACUCUGCUACCACAACUCUGGGACCCAGCUUUGAGAGCAACGAGCGCCGUCGCUACUCUGGUGGUAUGCUUCAGCGGGCACGAGGACCCCUGCCUCUGCCUCAUGAGGAUACCAGCGGUGCCUCGACUCCUAAAGCGAGCGAGUCUGCCCUGUCGGUUGGCUCUCCAUCCUCUGAGUCUGAUGUUAGCGACGCGACCCGCGAGCGUGAGGAGCAGUAUGACCGAUGGCUCGAGAACAUGCGAGUCAUUGAGACCCUGCGCGAGUAUGUCCGAGGACGUCUUGAGCGGAAGGAGUAUGUUGAGGAGAAUGACCGACGACCAAGCAUUGCGGAUGUCAUGGAUGUUGACCCCAAGAGCCCCAGGGGCCCCAUCCGAGAACUGGGUACUCCUCGUGAGGGUUCCUCACUGUACCCCAUCCUCCGCAUGCCUGGUGCCUAG